AUGAUGUGUACUGCACGGGAGUGGCUCCGAGUGACCACACUGCUCUUCGUGGCUAGAGCGGUUCCAGCUAUGGUGGUUCCUAACGCCACUUUGUUGGAGAAACUUUUGGAAAAGUACAUGGAUGAGGAUGGUGAAUGGUGGACAGCCAAGCAAAGAGGGAAAAGAGCCAUCACGGACAAUGACAUGCAGAGCAUCUUGGAUCUCCAUAAUAAACUGCGAAGUCAGGUGUAUCCAACCGCCUCUAAUAUGGAGUAUAUGACAUGGGAUGUGGAGCUGGAAAGAUCUGCAGAAUCCUGGGCUGAAACAUGUUUGUGGGAACAUGGACCUGCAAGCCUGCUGCCCUCCAUUGGACAGAAUUUGGGAGCACACUGGGGAAGAUAUAGACCCCCCACAUUUCAUGUGCAAGCGUGGUAUGAUGAAGUGAGAGACUUUAGCUACCCAUAUGAACACGAGUGCAACCCGUAUUGUCCUUUCAGAUGCUCUGGCCCCGUGUGCACACACUACACUCAGGUGGUGUGGGCGACUAGCAGCAGGAUAGGCUGUGCCAUCAAUCUGUGCCACAACAUGAACAUCUGGGGACAGAUAUGGCCUAAGGCCGUCUACUUGGUGUGCAAUUACUCUCCCAAGGGAAACUGGUGGGGCCACGCCCCUUACAAACAUGGCCGGCCUUGCUCUGCUUGCCCACCCAGUUUCGGAGGAGGCUGUAGAGAAAACUUGUGCUACAAAGAAGGGUCAGACAGGUAUUACACGCCUCGUGAAGAAGAAACAAAUGAAAUUGAACGGCAACAGGCUCAGGUCCACGACACGCACGUUCGGACGAGAUCAGACGAUAGUAACAGGAAUGAAGUCAUCAGCACACAGCAGAUGUCUCAGAUUGUUUCUUGUGAAGUAAGGUUGCGGGACCAGUGUAAAGGGACCACCUGUAACAGGUAUGAGUGCCCGGCAGGCUGCUUGGACAGUAAAGCUAAAGUCAUUGGGAGUGUACACUAUGAAAUGCAAUCCAGUAUCUGUCGAGCUGCCAUCCACUAUGGGAUAAUAGACAACGAAGGCGGGUGGGUCGAUAUCACUAGACAAGGAAGAAAGCAUUACUUCAUCAAAUCCAACAGAAACGGCGUUCAAACAGUUGGCAAAUAUCAUUCUGCUAAUUCCUUCACUGUCUCCAAAGUAACAGUUCAAGCUGUGACGUGUGAGACUACAGUGGAGCAGCUCUGUCCAUUUCAGAAGCCUGCCUCACACUGCCCAAGAGUGUACUGUCCUCGCAACUGUAUGCAGGCAAAUCCACACUAUGCUCGUGUAAUUGGAUCCAGAGUUUAUUCUGAUCUCUCAAGUAUCUGCAGAGCAGCAGUGCAUGCUGGGGUGGUUCGAAACCAUGGCGGUUAUGUGGACGUCAUGCCUGUGGACAAGAGAAAGAUGUACACUGCUUCUUUUCAAAAUGGAAUCUUCUCAGAAAGUUUACAGAACCCUACAGGAGGAAAGGCAUUCCGGGUCUUUGCUGUUGUGUGACAGGAAACUCUUGGAAAGGAAUUGGAAAGACUGUGUCACAUGCCAUGAUUCUGAGUUUU